GAGGAAGGGCCGGGCGGGCGCAGGGGAGCGCGCCGGCGGCCCUGGCCCCGCGGGAGCGCGGCUGCGGCGCGCGGAGGAGUCGGGGUGACGGGUGGGCGGGCGGCCGCCUUCCCUGCGCCGCUGCCAGGCGCGGGGCCGCCACCCUCGGGGAUGCGGGGGGCAGCGCGAGGCCCGCGGGGCCCGGAGCGGCGCGAGGCCGGCCGCGGACGCUCCACCCCCUUUGGCCCGGAACCAGCCUCCCAAAGGCUAAAAAUACUGCCCGGAGGCCUCUGAGCAGAGUCCAGUCUGCUAAGUGGGGCAGGAGGCACCGGCCACAGCGCUCCCGGGCAGCCAGCGGCCUCUCUGCACGGAGCAGGUGCGCGCGCGGAGGCCAGGAUGAAGCUGAAGAAGCAGGUGACCGUGUGCGGGGCCGCCGUCUUCUGCGUGGCCGUCUUCUCGCUCUACCUCAUGCUGGACCGCGUGCAGCACGACCCCAGCCGGCACCAGAACGGCGGGAACUUCCCCCGGAGCCAGAUCUCUGUGCUGCAGAACCGCAUCGAGCAGCUGGAGCAGCUGCUGGAGGAGAACCACGAGAUCAUCAGCCACAUCAAGGAGUCGGUGCUGGAGCUGACGGCCAACGCCGCUGCCGCCGCUGCCGAGGGCGCGCCCGGCCUGCUGCCCUACCACACGGCCAACGGCUCCUGGGUGGUGCCGCCCGAGCCCCGGCCCAGCUUCUUCUCCGUCUCCCCGCAAGACUGCCAGUUUGCCCUGGGGGGCCGGGGCCCGAAGCCGGGGCUGCAGAUGCAGGCCGUGGCGGAGGAGCUGCCCUUCGACAACGUGGACGGCGGCGUGUGGAAGCAGGGCUUCGACAUCUCCUACGGCCCCCACGACUGGGACGCCGAGGACCUGCAGGUGUUCGUGGUGCCGCACUCCCACAACGACCCGGGCUGGAUCAAGACUUUUGACAAGUACUACGCGGAGCAGACCCAGCACAUCCUCAAUAGCAUGGUGACCAAGCUGCAGGAGGACCCGCGGCGGCGCUUCCUCUGGGCCGAGGUCUCCUUCUUCGCCAAGUGGUGGGACAACAUCAGCGCCCAGAAGAAAGCCGCCGUGCGGAGGCUGGUGGGCAGCGGGCAGCUGGAGAUCGCGACAGGAGGCUGGGUGAUGCCCGACGAGGCCAACUCGCAUUACUUCGCCCUGAUCGACCAGCUCAUUGAGGGCCACCAGUGGCUGGAGAAGAAUCUCGGGGUGACCCCACGCUCGGGCUGGGCCGUGGACCCCUUCGGCCACAGCCCCACCAUGGCCUACCUGCUGCGCCGUGCCAACCUGACCAGCAUGCUGAUCCAGAGGGUGCACUACGCCAUCAAGAAGCACUUCGCUGCCACCCACAGCCUGGAGUUCAUGUGGAGGCAGAGCUGGGACGCGGACUCGAGCACGGACAUCCUCUGCCACAUGAUGCCCUUCUACAGCUACGACGUGCCCCACACCUGCGGCCCGGACCCCAAGAUCUGCUGCCAGUUCGACUUCAAACGCCUGCCCGGCGGGCGCAUCAACUGCCCAUGGAAGGUGCCUCCCCGUGCCAUCACGGAGGCCAACGUGGCCGAGAGGGCGGCGCUGCUCCUGGACCAGUACCGCAAGAAGUCCCGGCUCUUCCGCACCAACGUGCUGCUGGUGCCGCUGGGCGACGACUUCCGCUACGACAAGCCGCAGGAGUGGGACGCCCAGUUCCUCAACUACCAGCGGCUCUUCGACUUCCUCAACGGCCAGCCCGACCUGCACGUGCAGGCCCAGUUUGGCACCCUCUCGGACUACUUCGACGCCCUGUACAAGAGGACGCGGGUGGAGCCGGGGGCCCAGCCCCCGGGGUUCCCCGUGCUGAGCGGAGACUUCUUCUCCUACGCCGACCGCGAGGACCAUUACUGGACCGGCUACUACACCUCCCGGCCCUUCUACAAGAGCCUGGACCGCGUCCUGGAGGCCCAUCUGCGCGGGGCGGAGAUCCUCUACAGCCUGGCAGCCGCUCACGCCCGCCGCUCCGGCCUGGCCAGCCAGUACCCGCUCUCCAACUUCGCCCUCCUGACCGAGGCCCGGCGCACCCUGGGGCUCUUCCAGCACCACGACGCCAUCACCGGCACCGCCAAGGAGGCCGUGGUGGUGGACUACGGCGUCAGGCUGCUGCGCUCCCUGGUCAGCCUGAAGCAGGUCAUCGUCAACGCCGCCCACUACCUGGUGCUGGGGGACAAGGAGGCCUACCGCUUCGACCCCGAGGCGCCCUUCCUGCAGACGGAUGACACCCGCUUAAACCAUGACGCCCUGCCGGAGCCCACACUGAUCCAGCUGGACGCCUCGCCCAGGUACGUGGUCCUCUUCAACCCGCUGGACCAGGAGCGGCUCAGCGUGGUGACCCUGCUGGUCAGCUCGCCCCGGGUGCGCGUCCUGUCGGACGAGGGCCAGCCCCUGGCCGUGCAGCUCAGCCCGCACUGGAGGUCCGCCACCGACGUGGUCCCCGAGGUCUACCAGGUGUCUGUGCCCGUCCGCCUGCCGGCGCUGGGCCUGGGCGUGCUGCAGCUGCAGGCCGGCCUGGAUGCCCACCGCACGCUGCCCUCCUCCGUGCGGGUCUACCUGCAGGGCCGCAAGCUGGCCGUCAGCCGGCCCGAGGCCUGCCCCCUGCGCGUCAGCGACUCGGGCCCUGGCGACUUCGCCCUCAGCAACCGCUACCUGCAGGCGCGGUUCUCGGGCCCCAGCGGGCUCCUCAAGGGUCAGGGCUGUGUUUCUCGGCAGAGCGUCCGGAGGGCGGACGAGGAGCGGGAGCAGCGCGUGGACAUGCAGUUCCUGGUCUACGGCACCCGCACGUCCAAGGACAAGAGCGGCGCCUACCUCUUCCUGCCUGACGGCGAGGCCCAGCCCUACGUCCCCAAGGAGCCCCCCGUGCUGCGCGUCACCGAGGGCCCCUUCUUCUCGGAGGUGGCGGCCUUCUACGAGCACGUCCACCAGGUGGUCCGGCUCUACAACCUGCCAGGCGUGGAGGGGCUGUCGCUGGACGUGUCCUCGCUGGUGGACAUCCGGGACUACGUCAACAAGGAGCUGGCGCUGCGCAUCCAGACCGACAUCGACAGCCAGGGCGCCUUCUUCACCGACCUCAACGGCUUCCAGGUGCAGCCGCGGCGGUACCUGCGGAAGCUGCCCCUGCAGGCCAACUUCUACCCCAUGCCCGUCAUGGCCUACAUCCAGGACGCCCGGGACCGGCUCACGCUGCACACGGCCCAGGCCCUGGGCGUCUCCAGCCUCGGCGACGGCCAGCUGGAGGUGAUCCUGGACCGGCGGCUGAUGCAGGACGACAACCGCGGCCUGGGCCAGGGGCUCAAGGACAACAAGCGGACCCGCAACCGCUUCCGCCUCCUCCUGGAGCGCCGCGCCCUGGGCAGCGGGGUGAGGGUGCCAGACGGCCGCUCCACCAGCUACCCGUCCCUCCUCAGCCACCUGACCUCCGUGUACCUCAACGCCCCGGUGCUCGCCCUGCCCGUGGCCACGCGGCAGCCCCCAGCGCCCCGCCUGCGCCCCUUCCAGCCUCUGGCUUCCUCGCUGCCCUGUGACUUCCACCUGCUCAACCUGCGCACGCUCCAGGCCGAGGAUGAGCCCUCCUUGCCCUCGGCAGAAGCCGCACUCAUCCUGCACCGCAAAGGCUUCGACUGCAGCCUUGAGGCCAAGAACUUGGGCUUCAACUGCACCACAAGCCAAGGCAAAGUGGCCCUGGGGAGCCUCUUCCACGGCCUGGACGUGGGCUUCCUGCAGCCGACCUCGCUGACGCUGCUGUACCCGCUGGCCGCGCCCUCCAACAGCACGGACGUGUCCCUGGAGCCCAUGGAGGUGGCCACCUUCCGCCUCCGCCUGGGCUAGGGCUCCGUGGCCGGAGGGGGAGCCGUCUUCAGAGCCGCCGCCACCGCCGGCAUCAGCUGGGGCGGACCAGCCGCACCGGGCCCGUCCCGGUCGGCCUCUCAGAACUGACGGACUGAGCCCGGCCCGGCUUCCUGUGUGCCGGGCGGCCAGGGCAGACGCCGGUGAGCCCCGGGAGAGAAGGCCCUGGUCAGAACGGGCAGGACCUGCCCCGGCUUUGGGGUGAAUGGCCGCCCCAUAAGGCACCGGCUCAAGCGCCCAUCCUUUUCCCGAAAUGGGAUGGAGGAGGAUCAGGAGAGGUGGGGGGACUGGAGGGCUCACCUCCAGCCUCGGUCGCUGGUCCUGGGGGAUCCUGUGGUCGUGUAGGGACUGUGUCCCGGGGUGACGAGCAGGAGCAGAGGGGUGCUGGGAGGAGGGGGUGGGGCCCGGAGCUGGCAGCGGGUGGAGGAGCAGGAGGACUCCUGCUUCCUGUGAGGGCUCCGCUCUGAGUGCUCCCUGCCCGCACGCCCUGGCCAGGGGCUGCAGCGUGGUGGAAGGUGCAGAAUCCCCAGCUCAGACGGGGUGCCUGGUCUGAGUGUGAUCUGGGGAAUGGUGGCCAGGGCCUGGGGGCUCUCCCCACUGGGGAUUCCUCUCUGGUUCCUGUCCUCUGCACACCACGGUCCCCGCCAGCCCCUUCCUGCCCCUUCCAGCCAUGGGGGUUGUGACUCGGUGCGUCUCCGGGAGAAUCGGGGUCCUGGCCCAGGGACCAGGGACAUGUGGGUGACGGGGGCCCCGUGGCUGCUCAGCAGCCUUCCCCUCAGCUUCGAUCAAUAGAGAGCCUUUUGUGAUAGUCUCUAUAGACGCUGAAACGGCAUUUGGCAGAAUUUACAAUCUCUCCCUUAUUAAAACUCUUCAGAUUAGAAAGAGACGGGUUUCUCUGGGCAAAGGUCUCUGAGAAACCAACAGGUUAUGGCAUCCUAAAGGGGCCGACUCCGGGCGUUCCGGUUCAAGCCGGAAACUGGCCGAGGGCUCCCGUUACUGGGGAAGUCCCUGCCCGGCUGACCCCGCGGCAGGCAGACGGCGGAGAAGAGAAAGUGGCAGUUGUCCUUGGCAGACGAUAGGAGGGCCGGCCUGUAAAAUCUGAGUGUGUCCGUGGAAGGCCCACUAGCAGCUUCCUGUAAGCUGACCCAAAUGACACACAUCCAUUUCCCGUAUAGAUUCUGGCUCUCUCCACCCAGCCCGUUCGUUCAUGCUGUCCCCGUGAUUUGGGUACUUUUUGGAAUGUGGCAGGCUCUAAAGUUCAUUUGGAAGAGUAAAUGUGUGAGAGUACGAA